CUCUCCAUGCAGCCCUUUGAAGCAAAGGCUGAAUAUGUUGCUUGCCCCUGAUAUGGAGAACAACGCUGCUCCGCUUCUUACCCCAACUUCAGGGCUGCUGCAGCAGAACCGGCACCAUGAAGAAACCUCUAGCCCUCUGGCAAGCAAUGAGAUGACUGCUUUACCCAAGGAACACGGGCUUGAGAGAAAUGGUACAGCCCCACCGUAUGAGUUGAUGCAAGGAGAGAUCAUAGCAGCCAGCCUGCUUUUUGGAGCCUUAUGGCUAUUCUCCAUCUUUGGAAACUCCCUGGUUUGCCUGGUGAUCCACAGGAGCAGGCGCACUCAGUCUACCACCAAUUACUUUGUGGUCUCCAUGGCCUGUGCAGACUUACUGAUCAGCGUGGGGAGUGCUCCAUUUGUGUUUCUUCAGCUAGUCUCUGGCAGCUGGGCACUUGGAAGCAUGAUGUGUAAGCUAGUAAGAUAUUUUCAGUAUCUCAUCCCCGGUGUCCAGAACUAUGUGUUGCUUUCCAUCUGUGUGGACAGAUUCUAUACUAUUGUCUACCCGCUAAGUUUCAAGGUGUCCCGGGGAAAAGCCAAGAAAAUGAUUGCAGCAUCUUGGAUCUUCGAUGCCGCACUAGUGUCUCCAGCUUUCUUCUUUUUUGGGUCAGGUUGGGACAACCAUUGCAACUUUUUCCUGCCAUAUUCUUGGGACGGGGCUCUUUAUGGUACCAUCCAUUUGUUGGUGGCUUUUGUGAUUCCAUCUUUUCUGAUCAUCCUUUUUUACCAAAAAGUAAUAAAAUAUAUUUGGCGGAUAGGUACAGAUGGUAGGACGGUUCGGAGGACUAUGAAUAUAGUUCCGAGGACAAAGGUGAAAACUAUCAAGAUGUUCCUAAUGUUAAAUUUGCUUUUUCUGCUCUCGUGGCUCCCAUUUUAUGUGGUUCAACUUUGGCAUCCACUUGAGACAGACUACAGAAAGAGCUCCUUGGUCUUUAUGUCAGUCACUUGGAUAUCCUUUAGUUCCUCUGCAUCAAAGCCUACAUUGUACUCUGUGUAUAAUGCAAACUUCAGGAGAGGGAUGAAAGAGACCUUCUGCAUGUCCUCUAUGAAAUGCUACCGAAGCAACGCAUAUACCAUCACCACAAGUUCAAAGAUAGCCAAAAAAAAUUAUGUUGGGAUCUCCGAAAUCCCUGCACCAGCCAAAACUGCUUCCAAAGACUCCAUAUAUGAUUCAUUUGAUAGAGAAGCAAAAGAGAAGAAGCUUGCCUGGCCUAUUAAUUCAAACCCAACAAAUACAUUUCUCUGAUUAAUUCCAGUCCUUUCAACAAUUAUUUGCACAAUUGGAGCAAAGAACUAUGAAAAGAUUCGAUCUAUUUUGAGCCGGGG